UCAACCGUUGUCGCGUCCCCUCGCCUCCCGCACGCCAGCCCCCUGCCCUCUCCCACCGCGUCGUCCCCUCCUCCGCUCCCCCUUCCUCUAUGCGCCUAGAUCUCGCCAGGGUUUGCCGCUUCUCUUCUGGAUUUUUCCUCCGGAACCAGGGCUCCGUCGGGGCAGAGAGGCAGGAGGGAUAGGCCAUCCCGGAAAGUGGCGGAUCCGGGUGAAGCUGUUCGGCUGGAGAGCGUCGUGUAGCGUUUCUGUUGGUGGCAGAGGCAUCGUCGAGUUGCGAUUUGGAAGGCAUUUGUGAUUCCGGCAUGGAGUGCGGCGGAGCUGUGGACAGCAGCGGAACCGAUGAUGAUCUUCCACCAUCAUAUCAGAACAGCAGAGGCAUGAAAGGCAGUGCACGCAUCACUGGUAAUGGAAGAGAUACUAUUGGUGCUUCUCUGUAUACUAGAGUUCAACCUCAGACAGAUAUGGAAACACAAAUACAUCAGCUUGAGCAAGAAGCAUAUUGUUCAGUUCUUAGAGCGUUCAAGGCUCAAUCUGAUGCUAUAACAUGGGAAAAAGAAAGUCUCAUUACUGAGCUUAGGAAGGAGCUACAAGUAUCUGACAAGGAACACAGGGAGUUGCUAAACAGAGUUAAUAGUGAUGAUAUUAUCCGAAGAAUAAGGGAAUGGAGAGAGUCAACUGGUGGGCUUAAGAUGAAUUUGGUUAAUAAUUCUCAGCGUACACAUGACCCUAUGCCGAGCCCUACGACCUCUGCUCGCAAGAGGCAAAAGAUGUCUCAACCCAUUCCUUCUGCAUCUGUGCCUGCACCAUCUGCUAUGCAUUCACAGCCUUUAACUGCACCAAUGCAACCAUCAUCUUCAGGAGCAAAAAAGGCAGCUCCACCUGGCACUAAAGUGAAAAAGACCAAAGCAGGCCAGAAGAUACCUGGUGGCCCUGCAGUCAAAUCUAUGCCAUCUUCUGCUGGUCCUGGUGGACGGGGACCUAUUAUCAAUAGAAAUAUGUCUGCUGGCCUUCCACCUGAAGGCUCACAAUUAAAUCCAUUAAUCGGGCGUAAAGUCAUGACUCGGUGGCCUGACGACAAUAGCUUUUAUGAAGCUGAAAUAACUGACUAUAAUCCAUCAAAGGAUGUCUAUGCACUGGUUUAUGACAUAAAUACAGCACAUGAGACAUGGGAAUGGGUUGAUUUCAAGGAGAUGGCACCUGAAGAUAUAAGAUGGGAAGGUGAGGAGCCUGAUUUAAACCUUGUAGGUCGUGGUGCUUCCGUCCAUGGUGUGAAGAAGUCAAUUAGUCAUGGUGGUCCCAUGUCAGGUGCUGGAAGAGACAGAGGACUCCAAAAGAACUCAUUUAAGAAAGAUUAUCCAUCUUCACAAAACGGUAUUGGGAAGAAGAGUUCUGACUACAUAGAAAUUCUCCAUACAGAGACACUCAUAAAGGAGGUGGAGCGGGUUUUCAGUGCAGCCAACCCUGACCCCCUUGAGAUGGAGAGGGCUAAGAAAGUGCUUAAGGAGCAUGAACAAUCAUUAAUUGAUGCGAUUGCAAGGCUUGCUGAGGCGUCUGAUGGUGAGGGUGAUGAUCGUGUACGAGCUUUGGAGUAUAACCGUGGAUGGAGGAACCAACACGGAGGAAGAUAUGUAGAUGAUAUGACCAUCGACGGCCUCAUGGCUGGAGAUGCAGAUGCCAUGUAAACCUGCCAAUGUGUACACAAAAUUCCUUCAUUAGCUUAUUUUUUGCCUGUUGUAAAAUCUUGACACUGAUUUAUUCUAGAUUUAGCUGUAGGUACUUAUGAUUGGUUCUAACGAAUGGAACGGUUAGGAUCACCACUCUUGAUUGUUCUGCUUUUGUAGUAGAAUUGCACCCAGCUCAUGCUUUUACACUGUAAAUUUAGGUGUGGAGCUGAUUUUGUCUCUAUCCAUUUGAUAAGCAUCUGUCCAGGUCUGUUUGGUUUCGUAGUGCUUCAAAUGCUAGGAUCAGAUAAUACUAAUCUCAUUUGUUUUCAUAUUUU